AGAAAUGACUUUGAUCUUAUUUGAAACGGGAGUCAAGUGCCUUACAUGAUAGACAACGGCGGGUGUUUCAGACAAGAUACCUCUCCAUAUUCAUGUGUAAUGAGACAGCAAUCAUGCCGGGAAUAAGGCAACGGAUUGAAGGGACAACAACCCGUAUGCGAUACAUCAAGGGUCUCAGUUUCCUACUGUUUGGUGCCUCAAUCGUGUUUUUACUGUAUGCAGAACUAGAAACCUCAUCACAAAGCAAAACAAUAAAACAACGGAACGUCAUGCAUACGAGCUUCACAGCAAUUACCAACUCAAGAACCCUCUUUGACACGAGGUCUCCAAGUCCCAACUCAUCAAAUACCAUGGAAACGACAUUACAAUCAGAUACAAUAGAAAACUCUUCCCCUGACGGGAAUAACUCACUCUCCUUGGUGGCUUCGAAGUAUCCGCCGAUCGAUUUGGAAAAGGAGAUUCCGCCAUUGGACUCGAUUUUCAAGAGGACCGUUAUUGUGACUGCGGUGUCUUCAGAUCACUUCAUGGAGGUACAACGAAUGAUUGGUAUGGUGCAGACAGUCAUGCCCAAAACGAGGAUUGUGGUUUACAGUUUGGGACUGUCUACUGAACAAGUUAAGACAAUGUCCAUUCUUUGCAAUGUAGAAGUUCGGCAUUUUAACUUCUCCAAGUAUCCCGGUCACGUAAAGGAUCUACUGAACUACGCAUGGAAACCGCCCAUCAUUAAGGAAACACUCUAUGAAUUCGGUGCCGUGUUUUGGGCCGACUCUUCGGUGAUAUUCACGAAUAGCAUCAAACUCCUAACGAAACAUCUGAAGACAUUUCACGGUUUCAUUCCAAGGGUGGCAAACUACGCCAAAGCGGGGCCAUUCUCGGUGUGUACCUUGACUCAUCCAGCCAUGUUUAAGUAUCUGAAGAUUGACAUAAAAACCUACCAGAGUGAUGAUGGAUACAUCCCCAAACCACAGGGCGGCAUUCUUUACUUCGUGAACAGCUCCUACAUCAAUGAAAAACUACUGCAACCAUGGGUAGACUGCGCAAUGGCGCUAAACUGUAUAGCUCCCGAAGGAAGUCAAAACCCACACGAAGAGCGCAAGAAGGGGUAUCACAAGCACCGCUACGACCAAUCAGCUCUCGCCUUACUGAUGUAUAAAAAUCUGAGAGGUUUGUACCAUCGCGGCCAUGAUGCGACCAAAACCUUCAACUCGGUUAUGAGAGUUGUCAAUAGAGGUACUCCUAUUAAAACAAAGGGUGUCAAGCGUUGCCAGGGGAAAAAAACGUAAUUUUUCAAAGCAAUUUUUUCUUUUUCUUGUCUUGAUCCAGUUGAUGCAAAUCCAAUAUACA